AUGGCAGGACCAGGUGCCUCUGAAAUCAUUUUCAUCUCUGUCAAUCACAGCAUCACUUUGAUGGGGAAGGUGUGGCUCGUUGUGAUGAUCCUCCUCCGCGUCCUGAUGCUCCUCUUUGCUGGUUACCCUCUGUACCAGGACGAGCAGGAGCGAUUCGUGUGCAACACCAUUCAGCCCGGCUGUGCCAACGUGUGCUAUGAUCUGUUCGCUCCCAUCUCUCUCUUUCGCUUCUGGCUGGUGCAGCUCAUCACCUUGUGUCUCCCAUAUGUCUUCUUCAUCAUCUACGUGGUCCAUAAGGUGUCAAAUGGCCUCACGGUGGACCUGAACUCCUCUGGUCACGUCAAAGCCAUGCCGCUGUUCAGGAUCCAUCAGGAGCCGUUCAGCAGGACGUCCAGAAGCAAGAAGCCUCUGGUGGCUGAGCGAGGAGGAGCCCGGUGCUUCACAGGAGCGUACAUCCUACAGCUGAUGUUCAGGACUUUGCUGGAGGCGGGUUUCGGAGCAGCUCACUACUAUCUGUUUGGUUUCUACAUCCCUAGGAGGUUCCUGUGCCAGCAUCCACCGUGCACCACCCAGGUGGACUGCUACAUCUCCAGACCCACUGAGAAGACUGUUAUGCUUAACUUCAUGCUUGGUGUGGCUGCUCUGUCCCUCUUCCUGAAUGUGCUGGAUUUCAUCUGUGCCAUCAAGCGCUCGGUGAGCCAGAAGGGCAGGAGGAAGAUGAUGGUGGAGAAGAUAUAUGAGGAGGAGCAGUGUUUCCUUUCAGCCGGAGCAGCGUCCGGGGAGAUGGACCUGAACGUGUCCCUGGCUCAGCAGGAUUUAGAGGGAGAAGAUGGUCAAUCAGGGAGUUUCAGGAAGAGGCAAGGCAGCAGGAGCUCUAGCAGAGGGGGGGAGCUUGGUUUAGGUCAGGAAGCACCUUCCCUGGAGCGCUCCUCUCUUCCUCGCUCUCCAGGUUGUAACACCAACGGGAACAACGGUUAUUCUGUUUCCCAAGAGGAGGCUCCGGAGAGGAAUGGCAGCGAGGUGGCUCUCUGUCCCCCGGAGCCAGCGGGGACACCCAGGUCGAUUCGUGUUAGCAAACGCAAUCGACUCAAACCGCCACCCCCGCCCAGACGGGACCUCGGGUUGGCCCCCGGGGGGACAGUGGGGCCCACCGGGGACAUCUCCACAGCAACGACAAUCUGUACCAGGAGAGUGGGUCAGUAUACGCUGGUGGAGCUGGGCAGUGGCGCAGAGCUACAGACCAACGAGGACGGACAGGAGAAAAGAUCGGAGUGGGUUUGA